CCGUGGGCUGCGCCGAUGUGCGGGACCCUUUUUAAGGCCUUUUCCAGAGGAGAUGGAGUUGGGCCACGGCUCCAGUCCGCGGGCCUGCUGGGAAGCGAGCGAGCACCUGGGGAGGGGCGGGCUGUGCCGGCCCCGCGAGGUCCGAAGGGGCGCUCUGUGCUCCAGGCCACUGCUCAGGCGGGCAGGGAUUCCCGUUUUUCCCGGAGCGAACUCUGUUUCGGGGGCAAGAAGUCGAGGGGGUACCCCAGAAAUCGUGGCCUGACUUCGGGCUGCCUGCGACACGCGGGAUGUUCCUGGCAUCGAAAAGGCAAUUCUUCUCACAAGACUUUCAGGAUCAAGCGAUUUCUGGCUAAGAAACAAAAGCAGAAUCGUCCCAUUCCCCAAUGGAUUCGAAUGAAAACUGGUAAUAAAAUCAGGUACAACUCUAAGAGAAGACAUUGGAGAAGAACCAAGCUGGGUCUAUAAUGAGCCUCACAUAUGAAUUCACACACAUUAUCAGAACAUCACUAGUGUCUGGAACAGCUGCCUGUGUUUGAUGCUCUCUCCUCUUGAGCUUUCCUCAUCACUGCUCACUGUGUAGCUCUGUAAUAAACAUGUGAACCUUUCGUUGGAA